UCACGUUCAAAAUGGUCGAUGAAAUGCCUUAAUGGAUCGUUUUUAAUGUAAGUUUGCCGGUAAGGCGUUUUCUAAUAAUCUAUUUCAAGUUUAAGCAUAGUUUUAUGCUGUCCUACUAUUACUAGUGCUUUCUGCAAUAACAUACCAUAAUGUCAUCGACAGAAACCGACAAAAUCGAAAGAUUCGAAAGUGAAAUCAUGGAUGAAAACAUGCCUUCAGAAAAUCCAAUUCUUGAAAAUUCCAUAGAAAAUAAUAGUGUACCUCAUGAGAGAGAAAUUCAAGAGCUUUCUGGUAAUGUAGUUUCAAAUAAAGAAGUUGAGGUUGAUUCAGAUAAAGUAUCACAAUGUAAAAAUAACGAAAAUUCAUCUGAAGAAAAUGGUGAUAUUCCGACAGAAAAACUAGUAAUACAUGAUACUGUAUUAGCAAUGCCAGAAGAGAAAAAUACUUUGCAAUGUAAUAGUCAGGCUGUACUAAACAAUGAAGGCAAGACCUGUGAUAAUAAUACUGAAGUUUCUGUACCUACUGAAUCGAAAGUAUUAAAAGAACAUGAUAGUACAAGUUUUAAAAUUGAACCUGAAGUAUUACAGCAGGGUAUGAACAAAUUAAACAUAACAGAAGAGACUAUGCAGCCGAAGUCAGAGGUGAUUGUUAGAAAACAAUCGGAAUCUUUGAGACAAAUUCUGGGUUAUAAUUCCGACAGCUCAAGUGAUGAUGAGAGGUUUAAAGAAAUGGAUAAAAUAACUGAAGUAAGUUGGAAGAAAGGAAAAAAAACUAAAAUAAAUAUUAGCUCAGAUAGCAGUGAUUCCGAAAGCGAUUCAUCCACAGCUACUUCGAUAUCAUCCGAGUCUGACUCUGAAACUGAUUCAGCAUCAGUUAUUAUCACAGAUGAUACAUUUAGAAACGGAAAUGCUACAGAUCAUACCAGCACAGGAGCUGUCAAAAAAACUCAUCAGGCUGGUUAUGAUCCCAAUGAAUUUCUAUCCCCUGUACCUGAUUUAUCUCAACUAAGUAUAGAUACAGAGAAGGAAGAAUUUUUACAUAUUGGCUAUGUAAAAGUCAUUAUUUCAGAAAUAGUUACUAUAGACGCCGUUCCUGGUAGUCCAGCCUUUGACAUCGACACCUUACUAUUUAUAGACAAUGAAAACGGUGGUAAAAAAAUCUUAGGCCCGAUUUUUGACGUUCUUGGCCCAGUGUCUGAACCGAUGUACUGUGUACGAUUUAACACAGCGGAAGAAGUGAAUUUGUUCAGCUUAAAAGGCGGCGCAAAAAUCUAUGUUGCCCCUAAAAACGAUUGCACUACCAAGUUUGUUUUUUUGAAGGAACUUUUAAAGUUGAAAGGUUCUGAUGCUUCGUGGUUGAAUGACCAAGAAGAACCGGUAGAAAUGGGUGAUUAUUCUGAUGAUGAGAAGGAAAGAGAGGCGAAACGAGUGAAUAAGCAAGGGCAGCUAAAAAGGAAGUUCGAUGACAGCUUGGAGCGACAUAAACGCUAUGAGAAGACGAUGAAUCAGUGCAAUAUAUUAAAUACUAGGGUGUCGAAGUUGAGAGAUGCCCAUCACAAUGUAACACAGCAAAUUAGACCCUGUAGAAGGGAUUCCAAUGCAGCCCAAUUCUUUCCAUCGUUUAACCCAUCCAUACCACCUCCAGGAUUUGGCAGGCCUGCCAACUACCAUUUUCCCUCGUAUACAGCGCCGCCACCAGUGUUUAGCCAGUCCCAAGUGUUUAGUCAGUUGCCUACUCUACCCGUGGUGGGAUCCAUGACAGAUCAGUGGCGUUGGAAUGACUUAAACAUGUCUGCCAGACCUCCUUAUCCAGAGGAACAGCGCGAUCUCAACAAUAGUUUGUAAAAUUAUUGAUUUUGCUGUCAUUUUUUUUAGUUGUUUAUGUCAAAAAGCCGCUUUGUUUUUAUUGCUAUAUUUUC